AUGGGCGAAAGUGAUUCGGAUAAGUACAAGGUCGGUGAUAUUCAUAACAGAUCUUGGGCUGUACUGAAAGGCACUUGGUCCUCAACUUGGAGGAGCAUUGCGGCAGGAGUAUGGGAUGUUAUUCGUCCAGGUCAUGGAUGGGUUCUGGGAAAUGGCCGAAACAUUAGCUUUUGGACAGAUAAAUGGUUAAUGGGCCAAUCGUUGCUAGACUCAGCGACUGCUGUAAUACCGGAGGCACUUGUGAGUAUGAAGGCGUACGACCUUGGAUUGACGGAGUGGGAUGGGACCUGCAGAGAAUAA